AUGACGGCCAUGGAAGAUAUCAAAGCCAAAUAUCGCCAAGGUUCACUACGGCUCUGUGACACUGCACAGACGGCCAAGGAGGGCGACUGGCCAUAUUUAACUGGGGAAGUAUCAAACAAGGAACCACAUCCGGAAGAGACAUCCGCAGAGGCAGGCGGCCCGUUCUCAUCCCAACCACAGACUGGCCAAACGCCAACCCAGCGACUUUUGGAUCUCCAGUACCAGCUUUGUUCGGCAAGCUUGGAUCCUCCGUCCUCGUCCGGCACCGAUUCCAAUGUCUCGGCCAAGAUCAGCAACGCUUCCAUCUACACGAAAGAUCUCACCAAUAUUCUCGAAGAUCUAGAUGACUGCCGCACCGCAUCACGCCCUGCGACAGAAACUGGCGGACAUGGUUGGUCAUGGGGUCUGACAACCUCCGUGUUCAUGACUUGUUAUCUUUGCCUCACUGAGUACUACAAUACCAUACUGGAAACGCUUAAGUCCAGGGAUUAUGUCACCCCGGCGGAUCUGAACGUUGCGACAGAAGUGCAUCAAUUGACACUGAUCAUCAAGCAUCUACAGCGGUACAUCCAGAAGUGCAGACCUGUGAGCAGCACACCUCUUGCGGAUCCUACGAGUUACUUUGAUCUUGGAAGGCGAUCAAACACGCAAGAGCUGGAGGAAAGCGGAGACGAAGAGGGAAAGGCCAAGCAAGCCUUUGAAAUGGAUGCGUUUGGAUUCACCGGACUCUAUCGAGAUUUCGACCUGGUGUCUCCUGGUGGUGGUUCGGAAGAUUAUGGGCAGGCAUCGCCCAUCGCCCAGGUUACCAGUCGUUUCGCGGAAGAAGUCUCGGAGAGGCAUCGUAGGAUGAUGGAAUUGUGUCGCGAUGUAAACAGGAUAGCGGAUAAGCAAGCAUGGAUAUGA